GUGAGACGGUGUUUGCAUUUACCGCGCACUUAAAUCGCGAGGCUUCACUUGAGACUUAAGUUUGCUUAUAGGAAGUUAUUAACGAUUCUGACCUCACCGAGGAGGGGUAUAGUUCAGUAAUCACGUUCUGACGAGAAACAAGCUUCUGUUUGAGCGCAACCUUUGUUCAGCAGAAAGUUAACUCUUCAAAGACCGAUUUUCUUUCGUUUGUGGUUUCGGUUUCGCGUCUUCGUAACAUCUAAGUGGGUCUUUUUCCGGCUUUGUUUACAGCAGAGAAAUGGUAGAAAGGCAAUGGAGAAAAUGUGUGGCUUGUUUAAGGUACGUUUUCGUUUUCUGUGGGCUGUUAGUCGCGGCGAAACCAUCAACUACAGAUUCAAACUCAAGAGGAACUUGCAAUUUUGUCAAGACUGACUCUUCAGGGGAAAUUCUCAGCCCGAGCUAUCCCCAGCCAUAUCCAGAGGACAUUGAAUGUACAUGGGAAAUUAAAAUGCCGUUGUUUGAAACUAUAGUUGUUGUGUUUAAACAUUUCAACCUGAACUCGCCUUCAGGGGACUUCUUCUGCGAGAGAGGUGACUUUGUCGAAGUUUACGACGAGCAAGGUGGUCUUUUAGGCAAAUAUUGUGCGGGGAAUUUACCCCCAAGACAGAUAACUUCUAAGAGCAACAUCUUAAGAGUUGUUUUUAAGUCGCAUAAUCGAACAACAGAGAGCACGGCUCUCACUUAUCAAAGUGGUUUUAGUGCAAUUUAUGCCUCUUGUGGUGGGUUCUUCACGGAUGCUGUAGGUCUUCUUCAGAGCCCAAGUUAUCCUGAUCAAUUUCCAGCAGAUAUUCAUUGUUUGUGGCAGAUAAGAGUACCAUCAGACUAUGUAAUCGAGCUUCGUUUUAAGGACUUUCAAAUGGAUGGAAUGUAUCCGUGCAGUGUUGACUACGUUAGAGUGAAAGAUGGUUUUAAUACUAAUUCCACUGAGUUAGGGCACUUCUGUACCACGCGACUUCCUAAUGAGGAGACUCCCGUUCGUUCAACGGAUAACAAAAUGUCCCUGGAGUUCAAAUCAUACAAAGAAAGCAAUUCACGGGGAUUUAAGGCUGAGUACACUCGAGUUUCUCAUUGCAAUGGGCUCUUGCAAGGUGAUUACGGAAGAUUCACUUCUCCGGGUUACCCCGGUUCGCGGAAAAUGGACAGAACCUGCAGUUGGCUUAUAACAGUCUCAGAGGAGAAGAUAGUGUCAUUGAGGUUUGAUUUUUUCGCUGUCGAUUCUUUCACUGGGAUGUUUUCAAUUUCUGGAGACUGUGGAGAUGAUUUUGUAGAAUUGUUUGAUGGUACCAGUUCUGAUGACCCCUCUUUGGGAAAAUUCUGUACUGUCAAUAAUAAACCUACUGAUAUGGUGCGCUCAAGUGGUAGACAGAUGUUUGUAAAACUAAAAACAAGUUUCCGAAAUGAAGGAGAUGGUUUUUCAGCCAGUUACUAUGGUAUGGAUCCCUAUAGCCACUUUGCAGGAUGCAGCUUAUUUGACCAGCAACUGUUGUUUACAUGCAAUAAUGGACAGAGGAUCCAAUGCCAGUGGAAAUGCGAUGGUACAAACGAUUGCACAGAUGCAUCAGAUGAAUUAUUCUGUAAACCUACACCAACUCCUACCAGCCAGUCAAGUAGUGAUAUACGCAACUACGUCAUUGUCAUUCUCUCUAUUACUGGUUCUUGUUUGUCCAUUGUAUGCAUUGGGUUUAUGAUAGAUCGUUUGAGAAGGAAGCGCACUGUACGACCAAGAAGAAGACACAACCUUAGAAGACCACGGCGUUCAAGGCUCUCAUCUUCUGGUGAUGCCCCCUUAACAGAUGAACCAUCAUCUCCUCCACCUCCUUAUGAAAAUGCAUGCUAUGGGGUGUCUUUCAUUCAACCUCACCUAAGUAAUUCUUCUCCACAAAGAGGUAGUCCUGGUGCAUUUCAGAACAGCAGAAGGAUUCAAGCCCCAGAGCAGGUUUUAUCUAACAGCAGCCAAGAAAAUACUUCUGCAAAUGUCAGAACAGAACAAAUGAUCAACAACAGUGAACAAGAAAUCCAGGCUAUGAUGUUAACAGAAGAAGAAGAAAGAAGGGAUGGCAUUCAUGGUAAUGUAGUCAUUGGAACAGUCUCCCCUUCAGAGUCUAUUAAUUCACUGAAUGACACUGCUCCUCUCAUUCACCGAUCUGAAAGUGUUAUUGAACUUUAAAUGAUAAAAUCAUAUGCUUUAUUAACCUCCAUAAUUGAGGAAAAAAGAGUUGGUAAGUUUUUUUUUUAUGUAGUUAUAUAAUUUAUUAAUAAUGAUUGGGUAGAUUCAUGAUACUUCUAUUUGAGUGAUUAAUUCUCCCACAAGCCUAGCAAUAGCCUAUGAUGUGUAAAAUUGCAUUUUUUUUCAAUUUAUAGUGUCUGUUUUACUUGUUCAUGAAUGUUUUGCUGCUACAUUUACCACAUAGUGUUCAUUCAAUCAAAAACCAUGCUCAUGUGUUAACAGCCAAUGUUUCAAGAGUGAACAGUUAUCAAAAAAAUAUGAUAGGGCUCAGUUUCCUCGUUAAUGCCCAAAGUGUCUUCCUGGUUGUUCAGGUUAAAAUACAGGUUUUAAACACCACAUUAUCUUACUUUGGAAUGUAUUUUUAAACAUCCUCCAAGUUGUUAACCCUUUAACUCCCUGAUCAAAUUUGUAAUUCUCCUUACUGUCAACCAUACAAUUCUUAUAAUGUUAGUUUAGAAAAUUUAGUAUUGGAUCAACUAAUUAUCCCCAAAUUGAUAUUUUCUGUAUUCUCAUCAUUUAUCUGGUUGAUACUGUAUUGAUAUUGUAAGGAGAAAUUCUGUCAUGGUCACUCAUGGGAGUUAAAGGGUUAAUCAUAAUUUUUUAAUUGCCUCCCUCUAAAUGAAAACUUGAUCCAAAGUCUGGGAGGCUACUCAACACUAAUGAUAAUUACAGACAUUUGCCUGGUACAAAAAAGGUUUCAAAGAAUCAGAAAAUGUGGUGGAAGAUUGAAAUCAAAAGAUAAUUAAUAUAUAACAAAAAACCAUUACAAACAGAGCAGCAAGUUUUUUAAGGUUAGAACUAGUGACUAUUACUAUAAUUAUUUAAUUCUAGUUAAUGACAAAAAAAAAAGGAUUUGUAAAUUUGUUAUAUAAUUAUUUACAUAGAAGAUGGACAGAAUAUACAUAUUUAACUACAGUGCACCUUAGAAAAAUUGUUGUUCUGUUAUUGUUUUGCCAGUCAAAUAUUAAUGUCAGGCUUUUUGGAAUUUCUCCUCAACUUGCUCAAAGGUGAUAGGAUUGUGUAUAUAUGAGCUGAAUCCUUUACACUCUAACAUCAAUAUUCAUAUUUUGCAUGGUCUUUCCUUCUCAUGUCUCCACUGAAAAAGAUAAUUGGCUAAACAAUUACAGCUUUGUAGGUUUGUGAUCAGUUUUUUUAUUCUCAUGAUCUUAAUGAAUGAUUCAGCAGUAUUACUGAAAGGAGAAAGAGGAUGCUGGUCAGUAUUAGGGUUUAGAGGUUUAGUUAGGCUAGUCAGGUCUCUAUUUUGACUCAACACCAAAUUUACUUAAGCCUUUACAAGCUAACACCAGUAUGCAUAUUCUCCAUACUGUUCUGUACUCAUUUCCUAAGGUGCUAACACGGAUAGUUUGUUCAACAAUCAAGAGCUUCUACAGUUGAAUUAGUCAUCAUUUCUUUUAUUCUGACUCGUGAUCCUAAUGUUUGAUUCAGGGGUGACAUUGUAAGGAGAAAUAGAUGCUUGUCACUCUUAGGGCUUUAAAGGUUAACUUUCUCAUAAGGAGAUUGAUACAAUCUCUGCUGUUUUAGGAGAAUUCGAAACCUACUGCUACAUGCUACAUGCAUCCUCUUUCCCUUUGCAUAGAGAGAAAUGAGAUUAAAUAGUGUAUGUUGAAUGGGGGGGAAUGGGGGGUAAGCGUGUGUGUGCUCAUACAAAACUCAGUAAUUUAAUUUUUAUUGAUAUUGUAUUUUUAGGUUUAAGUAAUAAAUUAAGUCUAGUCAGGUUGAAAACAUAUAAAUUAUAUUAUUUUUAAGUGGUAUUUAUCAUAUUUACAUGUGACAAUAAGUAAGUCAGUGGUCUUGCAAUUAUUUAAAACAUUGAUGUAUAAUAUUACUCUAUUUGAUUGUCGUGUUUAGUUGAAUUUAAACACUGUUUGGAAGUAGCUGAUAUGCCAUUAUUUAAUUAGAGGUUUAUGAUUUCAAAAGAGAGUUUUCCUUGUUGAUUCCUUUUAUCUAUGUUUUGGCAGUUCAUUAGUUUUUUCACAUUAUCCCUUUUCAUGAAGUUCACAAUUCAAACAUUUUGUGAUUAUCAUGACUAUUGAACUGAUCAGUUUGAUUUAUAGUGUCAAAACUAAGGUCACCUCUUGAAGUCUUGGUUAUUACCAUGUUCAACUCUUACAGACCAUUACAAUGUAUAGUGUAUUUAUGUCUGAGACAGUUAACUUUAUUUGAUAUGUUAAAUUAUAAAAGUUUGGGUGCGAGGCAUGAAGUAGUCGCACACAAUUUGUGUUUUUGAUGGUAAACGUAGUUUUACAGGUUGUGAAGGAAAUAAAAUUGAAUUCAAUUUCA